CCCCCGCGGGACUGAGCGCAGCCCCUCCGCCCGCAAGCUCCCCUUGUCCCCUUCACGCCCGAGCAGUCCCCCCAAGCCGCCGUCGCCGCUGUCUGCUCGGCUUCAUCUCCUCUGCUCACGCCCCUUUCUGCUCGCCGGCCCUGCCUCUCCUUGAACUCCCCGAUUGUCGCGUUGAGCACGCCGCACCGCGCGCUGGUGGCGCCCUCCCUGCCCAAGCCGCUCUUUGAAGGUACCUCCGCAUCGACCAUGGCCGCCUCCCAGCAGCUGCCCAUGCAAUCCCGCACCGGCCGCACCAACCAGCGGUACGGCUCCCAAGGCGAGCGCCUGGUCGCAGGCAUUGUCCCGCUCUCUUCCGACAAGUACUACGUGCUCCUCAUCCAGUCCACGCGCCGCGGCGGCUGGGUGCUCCCAAAAGGCGGAUGGGAGACGGACGAGGCGACGGCCCAAGACGCGGCCAAGCGCGAGGCCUGGGAGGAGGCCGGCAUUAUAUGCAAGAUCAACUACGACCUCGGCCUCAUCCCCGAGCGGCGGAAUGCCGGCCAGCUCACCGCGCAGGCCCCGAAGGCGUCGUACCAUUUCUUCGAAGGCACUGUGGAGAAGCAGGAGACCCAGUGGCCCGAGAUGCACAAGCGGUCGAGACAGUGGUUUACAUACUCGCAAGCAAAGCAGGCGUUGGCGGAUAGACCAGAGUUGCUGGAUGCAUUGGACCGGUGCACCAUGCAUCGGUAGAUGAAGAGUUUGGGGGUUGCGGCGGCGAGGGCCCCAAACUCACGCAAGACAUACCCCAUCUCGUCGGGCGGCUGAUUUCUCUUUUCGUCAUGAUGCAUAACGGCAGGGCCUCAAAAAGUCGGGAGGGUCAUAGACUUUGAAUGUCUGUUUUCUUUUUGUCGCAGCUGGCGUCGGUGGCUGUAUUCGACUACUAGAAAGAUGCAUAUGCGGCUCUGCACCACGAGGGAGCCGCGAGCCACUC